GAAACAAACCGAUCAGCUGUUUAAUCAGCUGUUGAAUGAAUAAAUUAAAGUUGAAUCAGUUAUUGAUGAACAGCAGCUUCUCUGAUCACUGAACAAACAAACAUGAAACCAAUGCUGCGCUCUGAUUGGCUGCUGAAAUCCUCCAUGGUCUGAUGAUUACACACCUGCACACCUGUUAUUACACACGAGUACAAACACACCUGCCGGUCCUUCUGUCUCUGUGAGGACCUUCCCUGCCUUAAUAAACCGGUGUGUUCUCAGUGCGGUGGUUAAAGCCUCAUCAUCUCAGCAGGUGACGGACAGGUGCACCGUGGUAACACCGUCUCUGGAGACACAUCGACUGAGAGACACGCCUCCACCAGUCUGUCCUCCACCAGUCUGUCCUCCACCGCUCCGUCUUCGGGUCAGACUCCGUCAGACGUUAACACCGGAUCACGGAGGACGGAUAGACCGGCCUCACUGGACCUGAUCAACGACUGCCUCUGGUUAUAGGAACUAAACAAGGAGCCGACGUUCGUCUCUGAAGAUUCAUGAACGGGUUCAGACUCUGGCUGUGGAACGUUUUUACCUGCGGCUCUAACGGGGGGAGGGGCUUUCCUGAGACCAGGUGAGGGUGACGAGCUGUCAAUAAAUCGCUGGUCUUCCUCAGGAGAACUCCGUCAGUCCUGGGUUCUGAUCAUGUGACUUCCUCCUGGAGGGCGUUGGUUUUCGUGUUUCGGGUCGGUGACCUAGCUCCUGUCCCGGGAAGAUGGCGGAGGCCGUGAGGACACUGUACGGUGUUUUAAUGGUCCUGUCGAGCGUGGCGUCCGUCUGUGGGAACCUCGUCCUCCUGGUGGCGCUCCUCCUCAACAAGGAGCUCCGGUCCGACUCGCUGGGCCUCACCCUGAGCUUCGCCCUCAGCGACCUGGUCCUGGGACUCGCCAUCAUCCCCUUUGGAGCCUACAACAGCCUGCGGUGGCCGGUGGACGACCCCAGCACCAGCCCCGUGUGUCAGGGCAGCGCCUUCCUCCUCCUGCUCCUGCAGACCUCCUCCAUCCACUCGCUCACCUGGACCACCGUCGCCCGGUUCUCAGAGAUCUGCUUCGCCCUCAGCCACCGGAGCCUGUGGACGUCCGGGCGGAGCCGGGCGGUUCUGGUUCUGGUCUGGUUGUUCUGUCUGGUGAGCGCCGCUCUGCCGCUGCUAGGUUUCGGUGGCUACACCUACAGCGAGCGGCGGUUCCUGUGCUGCCUGAGCUUCAGCCCUGAGCACAGGUACUACGUAGCGACGUGGACGGCGGUGGGCGUGGUGGCGCCGGUCCUCGCCAUGUGCUCCUUGAACGGGUACAUCGUGUACGUGGCCAGGAAACAGGCCAGGAGGGGGACGUUCAAGUGCAACGAGCUGCACUGCUUCUACGUCCCAGCCAACAACUACCUGAGGAGCUCCGUCGUCAUGGUCACCACCUCAGGUGAGCUCACGCUCUGCCCUGAUUGGUCAGGCAGGUCACAUGUCUCUGAACUGUUCACUGCUUCCUGUUGACACUGAGAUCAUGUGACCAUGCAUCCCUUUGCAGGGUGUCUCCUGGUCUGCUGGCUUCCCUUCAUCUGCGUCGGUCUGUACGAGACAUUCAGUGGUCAGCAGAGUCCGGCCCUAAGCUCCGCCCUCUCCACCUGGCUGGUUGUGACCAGCGCCAGCCUCAACCCGUGGAUCACAUGCAUGACGCAGACGUGAGUAAGACUCCAUGUUGAAUGUGAGCCGGUGCGUUAACGUGUCUCUGAAUGGACAUGUCUCUGCAGCAGGUACAGGGCAGCAGCACGUCGGACCUUCACCUGGUUCAGGCGUCCAUGUCCCAGGACGUCCCGCCCCCAGAGCCCCGCCCUCCAACUGGACACGACUCAAAGCGUCAACACUACAACUGCUGCAGCUCCUCCAUCAUCAGCCCAGGCACAGACACCUGGGCCACAGGCUGGCCUGCCAGACUGCACUCUGGGAAAUGUGGUCCAUCCCUCCAUUUCCCUGUGAUGUGAUGUUCUGGACGUAUGUUUGAAGUUCUAGGACGCCUAAUUUUUUGUUUGGUCUGAAGCGAAAUCACCUGUCAGGUGUGUGACAUCUAAAAUGAGCAUAACCAGAGGUUGGAGGUGAGGGG